GCCGCCUCCCGCAGCUGGAUCCGGAUCUUCUUCUUCUCUUUUUGGAUUUAUUUCAUCCGGGAAUGGUUUUCGUGGCGUGGACGCGGCGUCUUCCUCUCUGGAGUUAACGACACUCUGCUGGAGGGGAGGGGGGGGACACAGAGAUGAAAGUGACGGUGUGCUUCGGCAGGACGCGGGUGGUCGUUCCGUGCGGGGAUGGCGUCAUCAAGGUCCAAAGUCUGGUCGAGAAGGCGACCAUGCGCUACAGGAAAGCCAUUGCAAAGGACUCUAGUUACUGGGUUCAGGUGCACCGGUUGGAGCAUGGAGAUGGAGGCAUUUUGGACCCCGAUGACAUGCUGUGUGACGUGGUGGAUGACAAAGACAGGUUGGUUGCAGUUUACGAAGAACAGGAUCCACACAAUGGAGGUGAUGGAACCAGUGCCAGUUCCACGGGAACUCAUAGUCCAGAGCCGUUUCCCAGCGACACAAGUUCUACUUCGGCCUUCCAGACUUACCAGGCCGACAGUGAGAUCGAAGUCACGCAAUCUGCUCUGCGAUCUAGCAUGGCCCUCAACGUCCGCCGCAGCAGCGACCCCUCCCUGUCUGGCCUUCCUCCAGGUGAGGUCCCAGAUGUUCAAGAAGAACCGUCCAGAAAGAACCCAUCUUGCUGGUCCACAACAACUGGUUUUCAAAAGUUGAACCAUAAGCCGAGUGCAAGUUCUGGCACAAGCAGCCUGGAGCAAAAGGAAAGAGUGGCACAUGCGUACAGGAGUCUUCCUCGCGAUGCAAGUGGCUGGACCACUCAGUUUCAGAGGGAAAUAACCCGGUCUUCCCUCAGCGCCAACCACCCUAUGGUAGAUCGAUGGUUUGACCGCCAGGAACAGGAAGAGGAGGCAGAGGAGCAAAGCACGCAGGAGCUACGGAUUGAGCGGAUAGAGCCAGUCGGGAGGGCUGACUCCUCCCUGGAUCACUCACCUUUGCUAAAUUUUGAAAGCAUGCUCAAGCCGGUCCAAGUGUCCAACGACGGGGGCCCCCUGGGGAUCCACGUGGUCCCUUUCAGUUCACAGGAUGUCAGGACUCAGGGUCUGCUUGUGAGACGUCUGGAGCCCGGCGGGAAAACUGAGCUGGAGCGUCUCUUCCAGGAAAAUGACUGCAUCGUCAAGAUAAACCAGGGGGACAUCCGCAAUCUGCGUUUUGAACAAGCCCAGAACAUUUUCAGGCAGGCGAUGCGCUGCCCGGUCAUCGUCUUCCACGUGGUCCCUGCAGCCCUCAAGAGGCAGUACGAGAUACUGACGGCCCACAAGGAGAUCGCUUCCCCCCAGUCAAACAGGGUCCGCUUUAGCCAAGACUCUCAGCAUCCAGGCUACAGGUCAAGUCUAGUUGGGGGUUCUUCAGCCAGAUCUGGAUCCCAGUCCAGCAGCAACCACAGCCACCAGUGCCCGCUUUCAGAGAGCACUCCUGAGACGAGCCGCCGGUUUGCCACUUUACCCCCCUCUUUGAUCUCUAAGACGCCUCCCUCCUCGUCGCCCUCCCUGCAGCGGAGGAUAAGCACAAAUUUACCCAACACAUCCUUCCUGAAUAAGAGAGGUCGCAGGUUCAACGUCCAACUGAAGAAAGGUGAGGAAGGUCUGGGAUUCAGCAUCACCUCUCGGGAUGUCCCCAUUGGUGGGAUGGUUCCCAUUUACAUCAAAAACAUCCUUCCUCGAGGCGCUGCCAUCCAAGAUGGUCGACUGAAGGCUGGAGACCGGCUGCUGGAGGUGAGUGGAGAGGACCUGAGUGGGAAGAGUCAGGAGGAGGUGGUGGCGUUGCUUCGAGCUGCCCCCAUGGACGGGAUCGUGAACUUGUUGGUGGUUCGGGACGAGGACUCCCUGCUGCCUCGGGAGGUGGAGGAAGAAGACACAGCCUUAACACGUGAUGGAACGCAAGAGUUCAUGACCUUCGAGAUCCCCCUAAAUGACUCGGGCUCAGCAGGUUUGGGGGUCAGCGUCAAGGGCAACCGCUCAAAGGACACUCAGGCUGAUCUGGGUAUCUUUGUCAAGUCCAUUAUGAAUGGAGGAGCUGCUAGUAAGGACGGGCGCCUGCACGUCAAUGACCAACUCAUUGCAGUCAACGGGGAAUCGUUGCUUGAUAUGACCAACCAGGAAGCUAUGGAAGCCCUGCGCAAAUCCAUGUCCGUGGAAGGCAACAAGCGUGGCAUGAUUCAGCUCAUUGUGGCCCGGAGGACGGCCAGAGACAUUGAGGAACCUCCAGUGAGCCCCAUACCACAAGAGCUUCCUGUCAACUCUCUCCUCGACAGCAAGGAACGUCGGGUCUCACAUUCCACCUUUGAAACCUUCGAAGGUUUGGAUACCAUUUCCACUGCACGAGCUAACGUCAUAACACGCAUGGGUCACUACCAGCUCUCUCCGACUGUGAACAUGCCUCAGGACGACAUGGUGAUAAUCGAAGACGAUAGGCCACCCAUGCUUCCUGCCCGUCUAUCGGAUCACUCGUCCUCCAGUUCCCAUGAAGACAUGGGCUUUGUGGGGGAAAGCUCCAGUGGUUGGAUGCAGGAGCUGCCGGUGCAGGACGAAUGCACGCUAAGUCCUGAUGCAGAGGCCGACCUUUCAUUCCAGAGGGAGGGCUUUGGCCGCCAGAGCAUGUCGGAGAAGCGCACCAAGCAGUACGACAAUCCUGCAAGACUGGAGAUUAUGAAAAGUCGAAAAACCAAAAGCAUGGAUCUAGGAUCUGAGAAUCGUGAAGUGGGACCUUCACCAAGUCAGCAAAAGCCAGGUUCCCUCGAAAGCCUGGAAGCAGCUGUAGCCAAGGUGAGCGUCAACAACAAGAUCGGCGUCCACAGGCUCCACUCCCACAUGACAAGAGGCCGCGGCUGCAACGAAAGCUUCCGGGCGGCAAUCGACAAAUCCUACGAGAAAUCCGGUUCGAAAAAGGGAAGCAGCAUUGAAACACUGGAUGAUGACACUGAGGGAAGCUCACGGUCUGGCCGGGAGUCCAUGUCUGCCAGCGGAGAGCUGAUUGCGGUCGAGAACACAACAGGUCGUGACGAGGAAAGGGAAAAAGAUCAACCCAAAGAUGCGCCCAAGGAAAAGAAGCUGGAGAAGGACAAGAACAAAUCAAAGAAGGGCGUUCUGAAGGGGCUGGGCGAGAUGUUCAGGUUUGGAAAGCAACGAAAGGGUGAGGACCAGAUAGAGAGGAGAAGCUCCAGCAAAUCUAAAACUGGGGAGGCGCCAGAGGAAGAGACUCUCCAGAUGAAGAUAGAAAGAGAAAGAAUACAGGCAAAGACAGAGGAGCUCCGGGAAAAGCAGGUGAAGGACAGAGAGUACGCCGAGAUCCAAGACGUCAUCAGCCGCACCUUCAGCUCAGACGAGGAGCACACCUACGCUGGAAUCGGCUCGCUGGGCUCGUCCAUGGACGGCAGCAGCACUGACGCCUACAGCCACCCCUACCACCUCCCACAGAGCCCUCAGGGCCCUCCCCCUCCUCCUCCUCCUCCUCCUCCUCCACCUACUACAACACUUAACCUUGACAGCAACGGACCACCACUGGAGGCGCUCUAUGCUCAGAUCAACAAAGUUCGCAAUGGGAAUGCUGCUGCUCCUGACAGCACUCAGAUGACUCCCAGUAACCACGACCGGAUACAAAGGUUGAGACAUGAAUUUCAGCAGGCCAAGCAGGAGGAGGACCUAGACGGCCAUAAGCGCUCAUACAGCUUUAACCAGCCCUGGGUGAGCAACGGAACAGAAUCUAAGAGCGGACGCCAUUCUGCAACGGUUGAGACUCAAGCAGAAAAACAGCCGCAGAAUGAGGCAGACUCUUUCCAACAAGCACAAAGGCACUACAACUCCCUGCCGCGGCAACCUCGCAAAAACCACAGCACAGUGUCUCAAGACUCAUGGAUGUACACACCAGCACAGGGAUACCCAGCAUCCAAGGAAAACCCUCGCCACUCCGGGGCCCCGGGGCCACGCAACGGCUACCUGGGCAUGUCCAGCUUAAACGCUCGUGUCCUUCUGGAGACCCAGGAGCUGCUGAGGCAGGAGGAGAGGCGCAGGGAGCAGCAGGAAGCCAUGAAAGACCAACUGUCUACUGCAUCGGAAGCCUCUGGCAGCAACAGCGGCGCCUUCAGCCUCAGCAGGGACAACACUAUGGCUCCUGGCUCGACCCCCAUGCGGGUGGGGUCUCAGUCCAAAGGCCCCUACAGGCAGGACGUCCCACCGUCGCCUUCGCAAAUCGCCAAGUUCAGCUUUCGUCACAGCUCUGAAAAAGGAAGGAUGUUUUAUUCCUGAGACGUACAUAAAAUUACUGAUUUUUAUUUUUUCAAAUAACUGAUCCCAACAGGAAUUUAUAGGAUAAAUGUCCGUUUUUUAACACAAAGAAUUUUAGGUUGGUUUUUUUUUUUUGGAUAAACUGUUAAAAAUUGUUACGAGUAAAACUGUUUCAAAGAUCCUCAUUUUCUACAGCGAAAGGAAAGGAUGAGCAAUCUUUCAACGUCCAGCAACGUGUUUCCGUUCAUGGAACACUAAAGUGCCUUUUGGAGUCGUUAGCGUGUGUAGGCGUGGGGCCAAGGCGUUAACCCAUCCGUCUGACACCAGCAGUAAAGCAGACAUCCCAGCAGAAGGUUACGGGUGUGGGUCACUGCGGCAUCAUCAGAUCUGACAGCAGAAUGACCUGAGCUAUCUAACCUCCAGAGCAUGACACAGUCCAGACAUGUUCUGUGCCAUCUGUGGGGGGAGAAUGGAACGGAUCAUCGAAAAAAAAAAGAAAAAAAAAAUCAUUCAGAGAUGCUUAAUGUAAGCAAGGUUCUUCUAUAGAUGUUUUUUAUAUGCUGACGGUCUAACAUUGUGAAAGUUUGUGUUUUACAGAUAUUUUUGUACUUAAACAUGGUGUCCAAAAACAUGCUUCAUAGGUCAAUUGGCAACUCUCAAUUGUCCCUAGGUGUGAGUGUAAGUGUGAAUGGGUGUGUGAUUGUGGCCCUCCAACAGACUGGCGAACCGUCCAGGGUGUACCCUGCCUUCGCCCAUAAGUAGCCGGGAUAGGCUCCGGCAGCUCCGUGACCCCGAAAGGGAUAAAACGUCAGAAGAUGAAUGAAUGAAUGAAUGAAACAUGGUGUACGAAAGAUCUUUCAUCUCAAAUGGUACGACCUAAACUGCAUGUUACCAGUUCUAAAGAUCAGUUCAAAUGUAUUGAGAGUUGGUGCUGAGCUCUGUGAUGUCCAGGUCAUAUUCUCAUCAUCUGAUGGAGAAUCUCCAAAACUUUAAUAAUUGUGGGUUUCUUUUUUAUGACAUCAGCUGUAAAUAGCCUUGUUUCCACUGAGCGAUACGAUACAGUCCAGUAGUUUGAGUGUUUCCAUCAUAAAAUUGACCCAUUAAGCUGGACCAAACCGUACCACUUUUGAGCCCCGGUUGGUUGUAGGUCCAUACAGAUUGGCAGAACAGAUCUGUCAAUCAAACGUUUUGAAUGUUUGGCGUGAGACCACAUACAUUUUAUUAAGGCAUAACUUGAACAACUUAAACUAUAGAAAACACAUUUUAAAAAAUUAAGAUUAUCGUGAACAUGUUCAAAACAGUAUCAGAUCAAGAAAAAAAAAAAUCAGAUCAAGAAAAAAAGUAUCAGAUCAAGAAUGGUUAUUCUGAAUGACUGAGUAAAAGCUUUUUAUGUCUCUUUAGAAAUCUAUGGGAUUUUGGCUUCUUUGAACUAACAGGUACUUCCUGUUUCGACCGCGACAAGGGAGGGGUCACUCAGGCCAGUUCUCAUAUCUACUCAAUUGUCAAAGAGCAUGAAGAUGCUCGUUGUUUCAACUCACACUCAAAUGUUAUCAAAUGUAGUGUUCUGAAAAUGAACUUUGAGUAGGAGCUCGUGUUUCCAGCAUGAAUCCUGAAAGUUUUUUUGAUUUUCUCAGAUCUUUCUGCUCCCAAAUUUGGUAUGAUAAUCCUAACUUCUUUUCCUUACCCCCCCCCCCCCUCCCCUCACAUGGUUUCCCUCCUGCUCUAUCUGUGUGUGAAAACAGCUUUAGGAGUUUUGCUCUCCUCCACUCAACCACGAGAAGCAAUCAGCUCUAACAGGGGUCACACUUGCUUUCUUAAUUAAUUUCCUUCAUCAAAAAUGAAUGAACCUUUCCGAGUAUGUUCAUCGUCCACUUCCUCAACAACAGUGUUUUUAAACUGGGGGUGCAGAGGCACAGAGACUCAACUUUAGGAAUAAUAAUUCACACGUUACAGACUCUAAAAAAAGAGAAUCAUGUUCAUUGUUUGGGUAAUCGAUCAGGUCACGUCACGCUGAAUCCUCCAAGAAAAUAGUCUCAGGGAAACAAAAAAAUGGUUCUAAUUGAGCCUAAAAAUGAACAAGAAAGUCCUUAUUUAGACUGAGCUUUGAUUCUGAUGAGGCUUCAAAUCAUCAUCCUUCCAUCCUUUGUUCAGUUUGUGCUACAAGAUUUAUUAAAAGCGAAGUUCAAAAGGGAAAUCCAGCAAAGGCUUCUUCAUAACAGGAAUGUGUCAGUAAAACCAGAGUUGAUCCAGGACAUCCAAACUUUAGCCUUGGACGUUGUUCUGACCUAAAGUCAUCAAAUCAAAUGUCUGUGUUUUAACAGAAACCGGCCAAAACCAAAGAAAGAAGCUGCCUGCAGCUUAAUGGCUUCAUUUUGAAAUGUCAAACGUGUGUUCAAAACCAGCAGGAGUUUUGCUUAAGUCAUAACUGACCUUAUGGGUGAAAUAUUUUAGGGUCGUAGACCACACUGUGAACUGGUAGAGCGAAAUGUUUCAUGUUUUCUACAGCCAUGCUACAGGCAAUAGGUUGUAGUAAACAUUUCCGUACCACCUAUCCACCCUGUGCGUGACACAUUUCUGUGGGGUCUUACUAACGCAUAGAGUGAAGGGCACCGCACGACAGCUUCAGCAUAACUGCCAUUAUCCUUACAAAUGUGAUACUUUUACCACACGUAUGACAAUAGUAUGUUCCAUUUUCAUGGCAUCCUUUAAGGUCACCGUAUGAACCACAAGGUAACUGCAAGAGACACCUGCACCCCCUUUGAGUCUUUCUACGACCCUUCACGGGCCAGGACAACCCAAAAACACGCUGCACCCAGAUGGGUCAAGUCGUCUAAAUCCAGGCCUCUUUGACUUCCACAGCUCUACGUUUAGAGUCCAGAGCAGAAAAGCAUGGAUAGAUCUCUCCCGCACGGCAAGGCGGAUCCAUUUCUAUAGGAACUACUUUGCUGUCCUGAUUUAAGUGUGUUUGUUUGCGGGGGUUGCCAUGUGUUUCAGCAUCUGUAAACGCUGCCGGGAACCCGGCGGCCAGGGCGCCUGGGCAGCCAUACGAGCGGCCGGGCUGCUGAGUGGGAGAGGUAGCGAAGGGAGGAGUGGGAGGAAGUGAAGACGGGGAGGCCUGACCUCGCAGAUGAUUCAGUCAAUGGUGUAAUCACAGAGGCUCCUCCGAGCCUCCACUACAAACAGGAGGUUGCAGUUUGUUCGCCGUCUCUCCUUCUUUUUAAAGCCUUUUUUUUUGUCCGUUUUCUCUGCUGUUUUGUGUAGAACUGGAGGGUUUCCUGCAAUAAUAAUGACUUUUUUGCUCUUCUGUGCUCUGAUCAUAUGCAAAUUUGACAAUAUCACAUAAUGCACGCUUAUUAUUUGUGCACUGUAAUUAAUGUUUGUGCAUCUCCAUCAUGACAUAUGGACUUUUUCCCCAUAAACCUUUUGUUUCGGAGGAUGUUUUUUUUUAAUCCUGGGAGAAAUAAGAAAUAUAUGAUUGUUUUAUUGUGUUUUUAUGACCAUCCUUCAUUGUGUUUUAUUAUCCACAGUAUGGUUUCUAUGUUGGUAAAAAUGAAUAAUGCAAGCACUGUGCAAUUUCCCUUUAUACGAGAGUGUGUCAUUAAGAAAUGAUUCUGCUGUUCUCUGUGCAUAAAAUAUGAACUUUUCCGUCAAUAAAUGGAGGCUUUUUUCAGUCCUUGUAACACUCA